UGUGUCCGACAGGCAUUGAAGGCAUCACCGGCCUCUGGUAAACUAUCACAACGUCUAGACUGAAUAUUAUGCGGACACCCCUCCGACAGUGAUAUCACCCCUCUGAUUGGACCAUAACCCCGAUCCCGCCUAUCAACAUUUGAUUGAUAGGAUAGUUGACAAAUGGCAACCGACAGCCGGUCUGUCACCUAACUUGUGAUUGGUGGAUCGGUCUGGACAAUAUGAAUGGCAACUUGUAUUGUUCGACGUCUUCCCAAGACAGUAGCAACUUUGUGGUUUCCAACUCCAAGAAAGUCUAUUUUUUAACGGUUUCGCCCUUUUUUAAUUAACCGACAAACGUAAGUCGGUAGUUUUACACAUGAAGAGGACCUAGAAAAGGAAUAACCUGGUGAACAUUGCGUCGAUCGAAGCUAACUGUUGAGCCAGUUUUGGUGGGUGACAGGAGACUCAGCUCUCCACCCGGGCUGGUCUGGAGAUGGGGGAUCCGGAGCCUUCAGAGUUUGGGUCCCUGGAGGAAGAGCUGGAGUACUGGAAGGAGCAGGCUGCCAGACACCAGCAGAGUGCCAAUGAAGCCCAGGAGGAGCUGCAGGAGUUUCAGCAGAUGAGUCGGGACUAUGAGGUGGAGCUGGAGACGGAGUUGAAACAGUGUGAGGCGAGAAACCGCGAGCUUCUUUCUGCCAACAACCGCCUCCGCAUGGAGCUGGAAAACUACAAGGAGAAGUACGAGACGCAGCACUCAGAGGCUCACCGGCAGAUCUCCAAUUUGGAGGGGGACCUGGCCGAGACCACCGCCGUCAGAGACCAGCUCCACAGAUACAUCCGGGAGCUGGAGCAGGCCAACGACGACCUGGAGAGGACCAAGAGGGCGACCAUCAUGUCUCUAGAGGACUUUGAGCAGAGGAUGAACCAGGUCAUCGAGAGGAACGCCUUCCUGGAGAGCGAGCUGGACGAGAAGGAGAACCUGCUGGAGUCCGUCCAGAGGCUGAAGGACGAGGCCCGAGACCUGAGACAGGAGCUGGCGGUGCAGCAGAAGCAGCAGGUUCAGGACAGGAAGCCGUCCCUCAGCAGUGCCAUCAAAGAUCCUCCUUCUUCCUCCUCGUCCUCAUCGGCGGCGGCGGCCGGUCUGCCCACGCCGCCUCUCACCCCGCCAGACAAACGGACUGAGGACAAAACCACUUUGUCUUUGUCCUCCCACCAGCAGCCCGUCCCCUCUAGCAGCACGCCGUCCAGACCUGCAGCCUCGGCGGAGACCUUCAGCAGCCCGCUGCCCACCAGCAGAGGUGAGAGCCUCUCUGCGACGCCUCUCACCACGUCGGCGAGGAUCUCGGCUCUGAACAUCGUCAGCGAGCUGCUGAGGAAAGUCGGGAACCUGGAGUCGAAGCUGGCGUCGUGUCGGGACUACGUCCAUGAGCAGACGGCAAGCCGCAGAGGUCACGCCGGCGGAGCGGGCGCGACGUCGGGCCAGAACAACUCGUCUGACACUCAUCCUACUAACGGCCUCUACAACAAGGGGUUGGUGAAACGGUUAGACUUUGGCGCCGGACCCAAACUGCUGCUGUGAAACUGAAAACAUCCUCCACCUUCGAUCCUGAAUCCUCCUCUGAGCUGCUCCAGCCUUCCUGUCCGCCCUACCGGGUUCAACAGGUUUAACCCCGUGCUGCCCGUCGGACAGAAACGCUCUCACCGCGAGCUGCAGGGACGCACAUGGACGGAGACUCUGGGACGCCUGGUACCUGCUCAGUCAGUCAGUCUGUUUAGUAGCAGGACUUCCUUUUUAGCUUGAACUCACUUACUGGACGUGUGCCGCAUGUUUGUUUAUUUGUGACUUUUUUUGGUGAACACAAAGUGAAUUUAGAAUCAGAGUGAAUGAAAAAACACAAAGGUUCGCGGGUUCACGUCAAGGUGAAAAGCCUUGAGCUUAUGGAGGAAAAAUACGCCGGUAUCUUAAGGCUAUUUUCUGCCAAUGCAUGACACGGUUUAAGUUCCCUAAUUUACAUUUAACAUUAAAUCUCAGAAUUAACUACAUUUAAUGCUCUACAUGCAUCUCUUCAGUCGGAGGUUAGGGUUUGUGAUUGUUGAAAUAGUAGGAUUAGUAGCAACUGUUGACUUUGAAUGAAGUGUUUCUAUGACACGGUUAAAUGACUGUUUUUUGAAUGGAGUCUGGUGUAUCUGGUGAGUGUGAUAUAGCUGCUGUUUGUGGUUCAACAAAAAGGAUUUUACUUAACAACAAUCUGGGAAAAAUACGCCAAUAUCUUAAAGCUGGUUUCCUCCAAUGCAUGACACAGUUUAGGCUGCCUUAUUUACUUUUAUCAUUUACUGUCAGAAUGAAAUACAUUUAAUAUUCUGCAUGCAGCUCUUUAGUCAGAUCAUAAAUGUGAUUCAGCAGACACUUGGCUAAGUCCUGGCCAGAGUUUGUGAUUGUUGGAACGGUAGAAAGACUAACAAAGACGUUUUCUGAGUUUUUAAGACACGGUAAAAUUACUGUUUUUUUUUUUUUUAAUGGAGUCUGGUGUAUUUGGAGAGUGUGAUAUAGCUGCUGCUUCUGGUACAACAAAAAGGAAUUACUCUUUAACUAAUGUUGUCUGGCACUUAUAACAACAAUCUGGGAAAAAUACACUGGUGUCUUAAAGCAGGUUUUCUCCAAUGCAUGACACAGUUUUACUCACUGUUCCCUUAUUAGCAUUUAUCAUUUAAUCUCAGAAUUAACUGAAGUUAAUACUCUGCUUGCAGCUCUUUAGUGGACCAGCCAGGGUUUGUGAUUUUUUGAACAGUAGAAAGACUAACGAAGACCUUUCUUUAUGAGUAUUGUCGCCUUUGAAUUUAGUGUUUCUAUGACAUGGUAAAAUUACUGUUUUUUUUUUAUGGAGUCUGGUGUAUCUGGCGUUUGGGAAACAGCUGCUGUUUCUGGUUCAACAAAAAGGAUUUUACUCUUUCACAAAAAAAGUCUAUCUCUGUAGCGUAAUUUAGCAUAUCUUCAAGCUGUUUUCCUCCGAUGCAUGAGACGCUUUCACUCACUGUUCCCUUAUUUAGAUUUAUCAUUUAAUCUCAGAAUGAACUACAUUUAACACUCUGCAUGCAUCUCUUUAGCAGACCAACCAGAGUUUGUGAUUGGGGAAUCAGUAGACUUACUAACAAAUACAUUUUUGUGAGUUUUAGUUUUUUUAUGUCGCCUUUAAUUGAAGUGUGUUUUUAAUGAAACGGUUAAAUUACUGUUUUCUUUUAAUGGAGUCUGGUGUAUCUGGCAAGUACGAUAUAGCUGCUGUUUCUGGUUCAACAAAAAGGAUUUUACUGAAACAAAAUGAGCUUCAUGUUUAGUUUGAACACAUCUUAAACAGUGGAGGGGAACUUUUCUCUACAUGAGAGGAGAUGGAGGUGGUUACUGAUGCAGCUGAAGCUUUUAUACAAUAUAUUCAAAAUCAGAAAAAAACAAGAAAUCCAGCAGAGAAUGGACACAAUGGUGCUUCAAACACACAUGAAGUCCUAAUAUUUUAUACUAGUUUUAGAUGAUCACAGAUUAAAUAGCUGCAGGAAAACACAGACUUGUUAGCUAUGACACUCAUGAUUAUCUGAAGGCUGAUUUGAAACAUGGAAUUAAGAUUUAAAGUCUGAAGCUUUGGAUUUUUAAUUAGAGUACUUAUUAUGAAAGGCUUAAUGUUCUGGUGGGUCGUUUCAUAGUGUUUCGCCAGCAUCUUGUGGUGGUUCUGCAUCUUAACGUGGCCUUGAUUAACAUGUUGCUGUUAAAAAUAAUGAAUGAAAUGUGAAAGAAGUCACUCUACAUCAUCUUUUUAGCCUCAUUUAACUUGAGUAUUUCUGGUUUUUAAAGCUCAUUAAUUGCAACUCUUCUCAGUCAUAUCUGUCGACCUGAAUAGAAAAUAGCAGUUAGCAGUUGCAACUUGAAAUUUUUGAAUUUUUUUAUUCUGCAAAGGAUGGAAUAUUUUCCUUUCAGAAAAUUUUGUUAAAUGACUGGGUUUUUUGUUUUUUUUUAGCUCUGUGACUCAAACUGAAAAUCAGAUUAUUGACUUUAUAUAAUUUGUGCACAAAGUGCACACAUAAAACUACAACCUACAAGUUUUAAGACAGAACUCAAAUCAUCCUGGAAGAAACUAUGUAGUUAAUGCAAAUUGGUGAAUAAAACUUUCACUUCUUUGUAUCAGACGAGUGAUCUUGCAGCUUCAAACCAACUUCUUUAAAUGCUGCAGUUUAGUUUAUUUUACUGAUGGACAAACUUAAAAUGUGCACUUGUUUUUGGCUUCAUUUAAAAAAAGUUUGCCCGUAAAUUUUCUUGAUAAUUGAACAGAAACUCAGCUGAUACCAAACACGAGAAAAUGUAGCCUUUUUUGUUGUUGCUCUAAAUAUCUCUUUGAGCUCAGAGAAUCCUCUGCGUGUUGUUUGUUCUGUUUGAUGUGAUGAGAUGAACUUUAAGCCUUUGAUUUCUCGUGUUUGAGGCUCUUUUUGUGCAGAGCUCGACUACUUCUGUCUGUCCAGGAGUGAAAACUAGGAAACGUCUCCUGUUAGCGAGGAGACAUGAAAACUUCAGUGAAGGCUACUCGUGUUUUAUGUUAAAAAGACAAAAGUAAGUAAGUAUUAGGUUUGACUGGUAGUGUGUGAACCUGCUGAAGCUCGCUGACGUGGUUGGUUGGUUUGUAGGUGGGAGGGACUCAGUCAGCUCCUUCCUGCAAAGGUCAAAGGUCAGUGUGGAGGAGCAGGCGCGGGAAAUACUUUGAUGUUUUUUUGUGUUUGUUUGUUGUUUUUUUGCCUUAUCGACUCUUUGAGAGCACUUUGACGCUCACAGACAAAGAUGUGUUCUGCUGUUUGUUCACCUUCAGUGCUGCUUGUUUCUGGAAAAGC